UUUACUGUGGAGGCCACAAGCCACAAUGACCCAAAAAAAAAAAAAAUUUCCUGUCAAAAACCUUCCACUAUGGAUAUAGAUCGAGUAGAGUGAUUGUAUUGUACUCUGAUGAGCCCACAGUCACUACUUUCCCUCUAAAAAAAGGAUUGUCUUCCUUCUUCCUCCCCACAAAUAAAAGUAACAGUACAGCAGUGGUUAUGGAUGUUAGUGAUGAUGAGAUGGAAUUAGAAAUAGAAACCCCUGAAAAUGGGAAAAAGGGUUUCAUGUAUCUAGCUUUUCGAUUAACCUCAGCUCUUCUUUUCCCAAUCUUUGCCUUCCUUUUCUUGUCAAUAUUAUUAGGUUUCUUAGCAAUUCUCAUGGGCCAUUUUUCUAUUACAACCCCCCCCUCUCUUCCAUUUCAGUGCAGGAUACUCUCCAGUAGCGUGGAUCUUAGAUCAUCUAAGAUUUGUGAGCUUGGGUUGUUGAAUUAUAAAGCCAAGCAUGUGUUUUAUCCAAAUAACAGAAGCAAAUUUCGCUGUCGCUAUGAUUACUACUGGGCUUCAGUGUUUGAGGUGGAAUACGAAGAUUAUUCUUUGGGUCAGACUCAAUUUGCUUUGGCAGAGGCUCCAAAUGAGGCCCUUCCUCUAAAUUGCCGCCCUAAUUUUGGUGCUGCAUGGUUGGCCAAAGAUAAAUUCAAGGUUAAUAAAACCUAUGACUGCUGGUAUACAUCAGGCAUUUCGAAAGUGAGUUUAUAUCGUGAUGAUCUUUUCAGUUGUCAAGCAAAAGAUCCAUCUCAAGCUGAGAUGAUAAAACGUUAUUUCAUCCUGUCUAAAGAGAUGUUGCAUUCCUCCCCAGUCUGGAAGAAAGGAAAAGCUAGCUAUUGGGGGUGGGAAACGAUAGCCGGAGUUAUUACUGGUUUUUCAACUUCUAUAAUCACCAUCAGCUUUAUAAAAAUCCUACAGUACAUUAAAUCAUGGCUUCGUCUAACUUCUGUAGCUAGGAUGUUUUCUCGCGCCAAUGUAGUUUUCUUCAAGCGAGCUUGUUUUCUUGUGGCGUACUUUUCUUUUAUGGGUUGGUUGACAAUCCAGUGUGGGAAAAGGUUUGGUCUCCCUGAGAUUUACAGAGUUGAUAAUUACUAGAAGCAGUCUUUUAACAAGGGCCAAUUCCUUUUUUCUCUUCCCCGGAACCUGGAUGCUGCAUUGCUGCAAUUUGACACACUCGUCGCCCAAUGAUUCCAUGGGUGCCAAAUGUAUUUUUUUAGAAGAAAUGUUGAGCAACUUGUGUAUGUAGCUGAGAAAUAGACUUCAUGUAUAGUCAUAUCAUGUUAUAUGAAAAAAAAUCUCAUUGACGUA